AGGCGUAACAGCUGAAUGAUAUCGAUAAAAAGAGACCCAUUUGGUUUUUCAGUUUUCGAUGACAUAUUUCCUUCUCUUAGGGUUUACUCGAUCAAAACCUGUCUUAGUCUUCAGGUUUUGACUUGGAACUCUUUGCCAAACACUGAAGGAAUGGAUUCAGAAGAUAAAGUGCUUUGUAAAGUUUUUGGUGUACAGAGUUUAUCUUUGAGUGCUCACAGUACACCAGAGAAAAAUGAACAUUCAGAUGCUGUCCCUAGAGGUCAUGAGCUCCUCCAAGAAUAUCUCAAGUCUUGUCCGAAGAAAGAAUUGCUUCGAACAUGCUUUGAUAAGGAAAAGAAACAUUCUGCCUCGUCAAAAUAUAGAAUGAGUGAAAAUGGCAGGACAAGUAACAAAGGAUCUAAGAACCAGGAGCCAAGAAAAACUUCCAAUCAGUCCAUAUUAACCAACCAUGAGGCUCCUACAUCUAGGAAGCAACCGAGGAAGGGGGAAAAUCCUGUUCGACUUCCGCCAGCUACAGAGCUGUCUCCGGAAUUUGAGUUUUCAGGCACUUGGGUUUGUAAAAAUUCUGCAUGUAGAGCUGUCCUAACUUCAGAAGACACAUUUUGCAAGAGGUGUUCGUGUUGCAUCUGUCAUAUGUUUGAUGACAACAAGGAUCCUAGUCUUUGGUUGGUCUGCACAUCUGAGUCUGGUGGGAGAGACUCCUGUGGGUCAUCUUGCCACAUUGAGUGUGCACUUCUACGGCAGAAGGUGGGGUUUGUUAAUCUUGGGCCAAUGAUGCAGUUAGAUGGAAGUUAUUGUUGCGCUUCUUGUGGCAAAGUCUCAAGGAUACUUGGAUAUUGGAAGAAGCAGUUGAUGAUAGCAAAAGAUGCUCGGCGUGUAGAUGUUCUGUGUCAUAGGAUAUCCUUGAGUUAUAGGCUCUUGGAAGGGACUCGCAGGUUUAAAGAACUCCAUGAAAUUGUAGAAGAAGCUAAAGCAAAGCUAGAAACAGAGGUUGGUUCAGUAAGUGGAGUUUCAGCCAUGAUGGGACGGGGCAUUGUUAGCAGGCUGUCAAUUGCUGGUGAUGUGCAGAAAUUAUGCUCUAUUGCAAUUGAGAAAGCAGAUGCAUCUUUGAACGCUGUUUCUAGUGCCGACCAACAUCACAGAGAGGAUUCACUUCCUGCUGCUUGCAGGUUCCAAUUUCAAGAAGUGACAUCCCACUCUCUCAUAAUUGUAUUGAAAGAACCAUCCUCUGCAUCAUCCGAUGAUAUUAAAGGCUACAAGCUUUGGUACUGCAAGAGCAGAGGAGAGUCAUACACCAAAGAACCAAUUUCUGUCUUUACGAGAGCUCAGAGAAAAGUCUUGAUAUCGAACUUGCAGCCCUGUACAGAGUACACAUUUCGAAUAAUCUCAUAUACAGAGUCCGGUGAUUUGGGUCACUCUGAGGCAAAGUGCUUUACCAAGAGCGUGGAGGUAAUACACAAGAGUUCUACUCCAGCACUUGCUAUGGAUCAAAAGAAUGAGAACUCUCACGUUGAAGGAAGUUCUUCUAGUGCCAAGGGGGAGCCAAUGAUGUCCUCUGCAGUUGGAUCAUCUGGUUUCAAGGUCCGAGAUCUUGGAAAGGUCUUGCGUCUUGCUUGGGCACAGGAAAAUGGUUGCGCUGAUGGCUUUUGUAGUGCUGAUGUGGAUGACUGUUGUGGCAGAAACAAUGUGGUAAAACCUGAAGAUGUGGAAAAAGACAAAUCUCGAAAUGUUACCCGUGGACUUGAUUUAAAUGUCGUCUCGGUGCCUGAUCUGAAUGCUGAGGUAACUCCACCAUUGGAGUCUUCAAGAGAUGAUGAUAUUGGAUGCACUUCUGAACGGGUUAUCGAGGCUGAAGAUGAUGUUGCUUCUCAUGGGAUGGAGAAGAAUGGUCUAUCAAGAUCAAAUGGGAGUGGUGAUUCUCAAACAUGGACUGUUAGGCCAGUAAGAGAAGUGCCUGCUGUAGAGUCCCGAAUGGAAUUGUGUAGAAAACGGACAUCAAGCCCAAAUAUAGAUACAUUUGAUUGUGAUAGUGCUUUGAUUAAUGGAUCACCAUUCCGACUCUCUAGUGUCGCCAGUCAGUUUGAUGAAACCUUUGAGUACUGUGUGACGAUCAUUCGAUGGCUGGAAUGUAGGGGUCACAUCGAACAUGAAUUUCGGAUGAAAUUCCUGACAUGGUUCAGCUUGAGAUCAACUCAUCAAGAGCGUAGAGUGGUACACACCUUUAUCCAGACUCUGAUUGAUGAUCCGAGCAGCUUGGCGGGCCAGUUGGUUGACUCCUUUCUAGAUAUCAUAUCCAGCAAGAGACCAAGGAAUGGUUUUUGUAGCAAUUCAUGGUCACCUUAGGAAGUGAUUCUUUUCUGUUGGGGGGUAAUCCUUUCAAUCUAAGAUACUGAGGAGAAGGUUUUUUAUUCUUAAUUAAUGGGGAACCAGAGAUAUCUUGUAAAAGGUGUUCUAUUGUUUGAACUU